AGUAGGUUGUCCUGUCGUACAACAACGUACAGACAGCGGCAGACUGCAUGGACGCGCACGGGCGCACUCAUUUUGUGCACUUUAAAAAGCUCUCCCCAUGUUUACGCUCGGUGUUUACGCCACACUAAUCUGUCUGUUAUUUAUAUUCGGGCAUAUUACGUGACCUGUUCUUGUUUCAUCUCGGUGAGUUGGCAAAGCGGAUGGUUGUUUCCGAUGUGUGAACGUGCGUUUGACAGUUUAGGGGUCUCUACCUCACUCAGACAGCACACCACUUGGACAGCAGGCACGGGCUGUGAAGUUUUGUAGACCAUAAUGUUAGAUGCAAAAAUGCUGCUGUAGUGAGCUGCUGCUUCUGCUUCAUUAUUCUGCUUCGCUCCACGCGUCUGCAUCUGUUCCUGUGCAUUUUUUUUUUUUUUGCUCACGAAUCACGUUUCAGCAACCGGGUCAAAAUGGUCUGGACUAAAUCGCUAUAGAAGCAGCGUCGAUAGCUGCAACAUUACAGACAAGGUCUAAUUACCGGACUUUGUGCUGGUGCAGCCUACACGUGAGUCGGAAGCUGUUCCCAACCGGAGGCGCGCGUGCGCUCUAACCACAGAGCCGACGGCUUUGCAAAGUGGCAGCUCAGGGAACUAUAGACAUCAGUCUGACGCGCAGCUCCACUGGAGGACACGCACUGUGCAUUAUCUCCCUCAGCCGUCCGUGUGUGGGUCGGUGGAAUAACAAACAUUCCCCAAAGAAGCUCAGAAGAACAAAACCAGCAGCAGAGAAGAGAUGGAUGAACGAAUACCGCAUUUACAGGACAGGCAGUUCAUGGAGCACGCAGAUUUCUUGGGGGUGGAUUACCCGUCUCUCUACAUGUGCAAAUCUAAAAGAGGAAUAAAGCGAGAGGAUGGUGGGAAGCAGGAUGCAUACAAGUUACCACACCGGUUGAUAGAGAAGAAGCGGAGAGACAGAAUCAACGAAUGUAUAGGGCAGCUGAAGGAUUUAUUACCCGAACAUCUCAAGCUUUCGACGCUCGGGCACUUGGAGAAGGCAGUUGUCCUGGAGUUAACGCUGAAACAUUUAAACGCACUGACUGCUGUCACUGAGCAGCAGCACCAAAAGAUUAUUGCUUUGCAGAACGGGGACCGGUCGAUGAAAUCUUCUAUUAAUGCUGAUCUGGAUGCGUUCCACUCCGGGUUCCAGGCCUGCGCCAAAGAGGUCCUGCAGUACCUGAGUCAGUUUGAGAACUGGACGGCACGGGAGCAGAGGUGCGCGCAGCUAAUCAACCACCUUCACAAGGUGCUGGCGCAGUUCCAGCCCGGUGCGCAGCCUCUACAACACCAGCUGCCUGCCGGGGACGCACAGGAUGGUCAGAAAUCUGACAGCCAAGCCAACUGUGUCCCGGUCAUCCAGAGGACCCAGGGUGGAGAGCUCAAUGAGAAUGACACAGACACGGACAGUGGAUACGGAGGGGAGGCUGAAAAGAGCGAGGGAAAAGAUAAAGAAUGUGAGCGCAAUAAAGCGCAAGGACCAAAGGCAGUGAAAAUCAAGCAAGAGUUUGGAGAUGAUCGGGCUGCCAAAAAACCAAAGAUGAGCUGGUCUGGGAACGGGGUAGGGGGCGCAGACCCUACCAGGCCCGAUGUGGCGUUUAUGAACUCUCUGAUGGGAAUAAGCAGUGUGGGACAGCAGACACCAAUUUGCAUGCCUUUCUACUUCAUUAACCCCUCAGCUGCUGCGUCUUAUAUGCCUUUUUUCGACAAAAACAACAUUGAAAAGUACAUGUACCCUGCAGCGGCCGCUCUUGCAUCCCCUUUCCCUUGGCUAUAUCCCGCUCACGCCUCGGCGGCGGCAGCCGCGGCGGCUGCUGCUGCUUUCCCCGGGUUGUCUGCGCACUUUGGAGCCGCUUCUCAGUCCAAGGACUCAUCUUCUCUAGACAACGACGGGUCAUUCGAGGCUGACGCGGGCUCAUCUGAGGACCGCGGGGAGAGUCCCGCGAGUGACGACGGAGAGGGUGACGUAGGUGACACGUCCCAGGAAAGCAAGAGUAGCUCACACGACCAGUUUCCUGCUUGUCAGAGGAGCUAAUUAGUUUAUGUCACCUCUCUGUGCAUUCUGAUGAGGAGUUUAUGUAUCUUAAUUUUUUUUUUAAAAAUUAGGCUACUUUUAAACCGGGUUUCACAGGAGUUGCUCAUGUACAAUAUCUUGGCGAAAGAGAGGACAGUUGUGACGGCGUGUGCCUUUUGCACUUAUGCUAGAUUAAACAAUCUGAAUGAUUAUCGACAAUGAUUGACACUACACGGCCGUGUUGUGCUGGAGUUAGGUUUUUUAAUCCUCUUUGAUAAAAUGUUUUGAAAUGGCAGCAUUGGUGCCAAACCUUUGAGUACUACAACAGUGCGCAAUAUUCCAGUCAAUGAGUCUCUUUGGAUGUAUGAAGUUGCAACUGACCUCUGCCAAGAUUAUUAAUAACUUGGCUGACUCUGACUGUAAAUAUUAUUACCUGAAACGUUCAUUACCAUGUAAAUGUGCACUAAAUGGGCCUAUAAAAGAGGUGGUCCUGGAAGUGCAUAGAUCCCUAACUUUGCAUGGGUAGGCUGGGAGGCACAUUACUGUCAGACCUGAGAAUUGAAAUCUAUCCCCUCUCAAAACACACACACACACACACACACACACACACACACACACACACACACACACACACACACACACACACACACACACACACACACACACACAACAUCUCCAUCAUUAACAACACAUAAAAGUAUCCUUUGUAAUGAGAUCAUGGGAGGUGUUAUGCGUAAAUUCCUUCAUUUCACUCCUAUUAAAGAUACCCACUUUCCUUUGCUUUCUGUACCCUUGUGGCAAAAAAUAAAUAAAUAAAACAAAUGUAAUAAACUCAUUAAUGGAAAGACAAAGCCUUCAUUCACAAGGCUUUGUCUCAAGCAAAGCCUGUGUCAAGCAAUGUGUUUCCUUGACACAUCCCCUGACUGAAUCAUUUCUCCACAGAAAUGCAGUGACCUCCUGUACUUCCAGGAUACAUUGUAGGAUAGCACCUUAAAAACUUUGAUAUUGAAUGUACCUGUAUUUCCCCAGCUGUUAAAGUUUGUAUGUAGGAUGAUGUUGCUCUUUGAGUUACUCUUUUAAGUGCACUUUUUUCUGCUUUUACCCCCACCCCUCCACCCCAAAAGUCACCUCAUCAUUUUUAAAGUAAAUCACUAUAGUUCUCUCGAACCUUUCUAUUGUGUUGUCUUGAUAUAAAAGUAUGAUUUUAUUUCAUCAAUGAGAAGAGAUACUGGAUGCUUUGUGAUGACUUCAUGCAGUAAAGUGGCAGUUAAGUAACUAUGCCAGAUUUUACAAAACACAGCUUAUUUCUGUCGCUUUCAGGGGUAAUAAUCACAAUCAGAUUUGAAAAACCCUGUACUCAACUACACAUCAGGUCAUCUGGGAUCCUGUGCUAUCAUUAUGUAAAACCACGCUUUUCCAAAAAAGAAAAGAAAAAAGGACUAAACUGGGAAAGAAAGUGUGGUCAUUUUAAGAACUUUAUCUUGACCUCUUUUCUAAUUAAUUCCUGCAAGUGUAGUGUUGUUCUGCUUUUUAAAGAUUCUCAUGUGACUGAAUACAGAUGAUUCUCAUUGUAUUUUGCCUACAUGACAUUGCUUUUGUAGUUUUUCUCAGCUGGGUUUUUGCCUCAGAUCUGUUAUCAACUGUUCUAUAAAGUGGCAUGCGUGUUUGUAAAUAGGUUUUUGUGAAUAUACCAUGAAGUAUACAUGUCUUUGUCAAUGUUGUAGAAGUCUAUGGAUUUUUUUAAGACUUAACUGAGCAACUGUUGCACAUUUCGUUAAUGCUUUACACAUAUGCUGUUCUAAAUUAUUGCUGAUGAGUUGUAAAAUAAAUAUCAAAACCUGAA